UGUAGAUAGUUAAUGUCAUAACUUAACAUUUACUUUUGAACAGAAUGUGUGUUCAAGAUGAUAUAGGAAGUACUGGAUUAGUACAUCGGAUAUCAGUAACAGUGACAUCACACUACACAGUUUCACUUAACUCUCAAAUCAUCAGCAGUUGCUUCAGUACAGAAUCUCCAGGAUCCAUGAAUGAGACAUUUUAACAAAUCUGCUUUCAGCUUAAAUAUAACACUGGUUAAACCAAUUUUCUCAUUUCUGGUGUGUGUUUCUUCAAAGGACUGAUCUUAUUUUAAUGAAGAGAUGGAUAAACUCAUUCUUUUCAUUUUUCUGUUACACGGUGUUUGGUGUGAAUAUUGGCCCAUCAGUUUGCCAGAGAAGAUUGAAGCUCUGAGUGGAUCCUGUGUGACUAUAAACUGCACAUUUACUAUUAAUAACACAUAUAACAAUGAUCUCACUGACAGUGCUGCAGGAGUGUGGUAUAAAGAUGGGACUGACUUGUCAAAAAAUGUAGUGUUUAACUCCAGCAGGACCAAUCUCUAUUUUAAAGGGGAAAUAAUUGGAAAAUUAAAAAGAAAGGACUGUACCACCAUCUUUUAUAAUGUUACCUCAAAUUACAGUGGUAAAUUUUUCUUCAGGAUUGAGGGUAAUGGUGAACUGAAAUAUACCUAUCCACAAAAAUCUGCUUUAAUAGAUGUGAUUGCCUCUCCCUCCAAACCCACAGUGCAGAUGUUUAAGGAUCAGAUGGAGGUUGAGGUUCAUGAGGAGGUGUUAGAGGGGAGCUCUAUGUGUCUGCGCUGCUCUGCUAAGACUCUCUGCUCCUCUUCUCCACCAACUCUCACAUGGAGCUCCACUGACAGACUCCACCUCAAUGAGAACAGCAGACUACAGCUGGAUCAACAGAAUCAAACUGAGAUCAUCUCUGAUCUGAACUUCACUGCUACUCACCUUCAACAUGGAGUCACUUUCAUCUGCACUAUAACCUACCAGAUACAGCAGAGAAACACAACAGCACAGAGCAACAUCACAUUACGUGUUCAGUAUGCUCCUAAAAACACAUCAGUAUCUGUGUUUCCAUCUAACUCUGUACUGGAGGGCAGUUCAGUGACUUUGAUCUGCAGCAGUGAUGGAAAUCCAGCAGUGUUCAACUACACCUGGUACAGAGAGAAUGGAGGACAGCUGGAGGAGCUGCAGACUGGAUCUAAUCUCACCUUCAAUGUGACUGAUCGUACACACACAGGACGCUACUACUGUCAAGCCAAAAACCAACAUGGUGCCCAAAACACAUCAGUGUUGCUGGACAUUCAGUAUGCACCGAAAAUCUCUCUCUUUAGUUGUAACAGAACUAAUGUAACUGUGUGUUUGUGUGAGGCUAAUGGGAAUCCCUCUCCUAAAAUGAAGUGGUUUCUAUCUGGACGUCCUGUCAGUAACUCUACAAACACAUUCAUCAUUGAGGAGCGAUUGAGCAGCACAAACUUCAGGAGCUUCAUUUCUCUCCAUCAGUCACUUACACACACAGACACUCUGCAGUGUGUCACCAACAACACUCACAGCAAUGCCAGUGAAAAGAUUCAACUGUUUUGCAGUCCUCAGAAGACAACAGGUUUCAGUCUUUUCUAUUUGCUGAUCCCAGCUGCUAUUGGAGUAUUUGGAGUCUGUAAACGAAGAAAAAACAGCAGAUCCUUAAAGACAAGACAAGACAUCAAUGGACUUAAUCUGACGGACAAGGAGAAUGAAGCACAUGUUUAUGCCAAUAAAGCUGUGUUGUCACCUGCUGAAGAUGCUUCGCUGAAUUACCCAGAAUCCCUUCAUUAUUCCUCCAUUGACUUUAUAAAGACCCAAACAGAGUCAGAUGAGGUCAAAGGCGUCUCCUCACUUACUACUGUCUAUGCUGAUGUCCAACAUUGUUCAGGACAAGAGGAAGAAAAAAGCUCUGUGGGAAGCGUUGAACCUCUGACCAACAGCAACAUCUCAACAGUUGUUAAGCAAGAGAACCACAAUAGUACAGACACUGAACAAGAUCAGUCAAAGGAAGCUUAUCCAGCUUUGCAGUCAGGUGAAGUUUCUGAUCUUUAUGCUCAAGUUAAACACUGCCACACAAAAAAUUAAAAAAAUUUUUACAGUCAUUUUUAAAAUAUUCCUACAGAGACUUUUCAAUAUAAAAUAAGGCAUCAGAGCCAAUAUUAUGUUUGAUCCUUGAGUGCAGCAAUUGGGAACAAUGUUAAACAAAGCAAACAUCAACUGUGUAGGAUUGUUGUGCCAUUCACAGAUUAAAAUGAAUGUAAAAUGAUUUUAUGUUUUUGCUUUACAUUUACAUUUGUGUGUGUGUAUAAUAUUUUUUGUAUUUUUCGUUGAAUUUAAUUAUUUUUCUUAAUCUAUGACUGGAUCCUCAAGCAUGAUAAAAAUAAAAUAAUUUAAUCAUAAACAUGUGUUAGGUUUAAAAAUAUAUCACCACAGAAAUAUGCUGAUGUGCCUAUUUUAAAGUGUACACCCUUAGAUAAAGCAACAUCAAGAUUCAGAGAAAACUUUGCAAUGUUUAUUUAUUGUUAACCAUAACCUCUAUUACCUUGCUCGUUUUGAGUUAUUUUAUAUUUUUUAUUGUUGUUUUGUAUGCUCUAUGAUUGUGUGUAUUUAUAUAUGCAUAUAAAAUUAAAGUUAAGAUGUUUAUUUCCUCAUACUGUACCUUUAACCAACAUUUGUCCAGUAGAGGGCAGCUUUAUGCAUUUAUUGAGAAGUCACCCCAUCGUAAAAUGUAUCAUAAAUGUUUUCAAAAGGACCAUUAUA